GAAAGGGGAAGAAAAAGAAAAUUUUGAAUUUUUGUCUUGUGUAGCAGAAAAGUGGGUCAACCAAGCUAGACUUGCUUGUAUUAGUCUGUGAUGACUUAAGAUUCUAGCCUCUCGUGUGCUGGUCACCGUUCUUAGUUUCAAACAUGGCGGAUGGAUCACAGCAUUCGUCAAUAUUUCAGAAAAUAAAUGGGCAGUCUUCUCUCUUUUCUACAUUGUCGCCUAAUUUGCAGUCCAGAAAUACCAGUGUACACAGUCUGAGCAGUGCCUAUGUGAAUGGAGGUUUGCAGACUUCUUUGCUGCCAGCAGGCAGUGGCAAUGGCAAUGGCCUGGCCCUUGUAUCACCCUUGUCUCCCAUCUUUGCUCAAGCUCCUGCGGAGAAAGGUGCAAAAGGUUUUCUGAUUGAUUUCCUCAUGGGAGGAGUUUCUGCUGCAGUCUCCAAGUCAGCUGCUGCACCAAUUGAGCGAGUUAAGCUCUUGAUUCAGAAUCAGGAUGAGAUGAUUAAGGCUGGCAGGUUGUCUGAACCAUACAAGGGAAUUACUGACUGCUUUGCCAGAACUAUUAAGGAUGAAGGUGUCAUUGCCCUUUGGAGAGGCAACACUGCUAAUGUUAUUAGAUAUUUCCCCACUCAGGCCCUGAACUUCGCUUUCAAGGAUUACUUCAAGAGACUCUUCAACUUCAAGAAAGACAGGGAUGGCUACUGGAAAUGGUUUGCUGGGAACUUGGCAUCUGGUGGUGCUGCUGGUGCUUCUUCUCUUCUAUUUGUUUAUUCGCUAGAUUAUGCCCGUACACGUUUGGCCAAUGAUGCUAAGGCUGCUAAAAAGGGUGGUGAAAGGCAAUUUAAUGGUUUGAUUGAUGUGUACAAGAAAACCAUCAAAUCUGAUGGCAUUGCGGGGCUUUAUCGUGGAUUCAACAUCUCAUGUGUUGGAAUUAUAGUGUACCGUGGGCUCUAUUUUGGAAUGUAUGAUUCACUGAAACCUGUGGUCCUGGUUGGUGAUAUGCAGGAUAGUUUCUUGGCUAGUUUCUUGCUGGGAUGGGGAAUCACAAUUGGUGCAGGAUUGGCUUCUUACCCAAUUGAUACAGUGCGUAGAAGGAUGAUGAUGACCUCAGGAGAAGCUGUCAAAUACAAGAGCUCUUUCGAUGCAUUCUCACAGAUCCUGAAGAAUGAAGGUGCUAAAUCACUCUUUAAAGGCGCCGGUGCAAACAUCCUGCGUGCUGUUGCAGGUGCUGGUGUGCUUGCUGGUUAUGAUAAGUUGCAGCUCCUUGUACUUGGCAAGAAAUAUGGAUCCGGUGGCGGCGGCUAAGGUGACUACGGUUGUUGGUUAUGGUUGAUGAUGACGAUGGAGUGUGAUGAAUGUUUAGGUUCUCUUUCCUUUCAAGUCUCAAUAAUUUUGGUUGAACACACAAAGUCUCUUAUAUUUUCCCAGUACUGGCGAAUUGAUAUUAGCAUUUAUAGUUCCAAACCUCCUAUUUCAAUUUUUAACUGUUAUCUGUGCUUGAACUUGAAGGUGUUGUUGAUCUUAAUGGUUCUUUUGGUGAGAGAAUAGUUAAAGGACGGUUUACGCAAA